AUGUGGAAAUCAUCUCAAAUAUCAUCGGAUAAACCGGAUGAGAAAUUGAAGACUGUCUGGAAAUCUUUGAAUGAGGCUUCAAAAAAGACGGACACGAAUGAUGACGAGAAUAGUGAUGACGUGACUCCUCUUGACCCGGAUGUGAAUUAUGACCCAUCACCUCAAGAGACAGAAUCGGAUGAAGAUGAAGAGAAUGAAGAUUGGAAGAUCAUCGAAUACUCAGUGUCAGACAAAGAUGAAACCGUUGUCGACAUCGACGGGUAUGGAGGUUCACCUAGUAAUUCAGAACUGUGUACAGUCGUUCGUCGGGUGGCGAAUGUCACGUUGGCCUUAGAACUGGCCAAAGCUCUUCGUUUGGACGUUAGUGACAUCAUAGUUCUCAUUGCACCUCGCGACCCUGCAUUAAUGGAGAGACUGGCAUGGAAACUCCUUCAUCAAUGGUGUAGACGUCUAGGAAGACAUGAGAAGGAAGAGAAAGUGUCUGCGCUUCUUCAAGGAUACUACAUCGAAGACACUCAAGCAGGUAUUGGUGAAAUCUCUGCCAAAAUUCGUACAACUCCAGACCUCAUCGACCUCUCUCAAAGGUUGGAUCUGUCAGCUUCUGAAAUUCUUCAGGUGAUGGCUUCAUUUUUGACUUUUGAAACUGCUUCGAUACGUCGGGUGGUACUACAAAUGCUUCAGAAAUGGGUCAAACAAGGAGGAACAAGGCUGAGGUUGCUUGAAAUGGUUCAAGCUUUUAAUUUCAACGAUGCUGCAGAACACAUAGCUCGAGCAAUACCAAACCACCCAGGUUUCUUGGACACUUUCACACAUGGCAUCAUUGAUCAUGAUGGUGGAGACCUGAAGCUAGACGAACCUGAUAUCUGGGUAUCUAUUCCUUCAGGAGCGAUCCCCAAAGGAAUGAAAUCACUUGUUACUCUCACUAUCUUACACGGAAGUUCAUCAGAGUUUCCACUGGAUCCUGCUGAAGUUCUUAUAACACCGACCAUCCGAUGUUCCUUCGACCAUGAUCUUCUCAAACCUGCCACUAUAGCGAUUCCACACUACAUUCCUCCAAAUCGAUACCAGCAGAAGAAGCAAGACUUGUGUAUGAAGCUGUAUAGCAAAAUAGGACCAGGAGAAUAUGGGUACAGGACUUUGCUUCCUGAAUCGACAAGAGAUUUUUGGAUCUCAGAAGACAAGCUUACCUUCUCAACGCGUCAUCUUCAAUACUUCGCUUUUUCUUCAAACGACAUCCAUGGAGUUCAAUUCAUUUGUGAAGUAUCACAGUCUCUUUUCAUCAGCAACUCCUCACACCCCACUCUGCGAAUCUGCAUCGCACAUCCUUAUAAAAUAGACUCUACAGUAUGUACAGGUGCUAGGUUGAUUGGCAAGAGUAGCGUUCGAUGCAUUAUUACAUCAUAG